CCUGCCCUGCCUUAACACCAGCUUCAGUCUUUCUCAUUGAGGGCAGAAUCUCUACCCAGUAAAAGGAAGUUGUGAGGGGAAAUACCAUCUCUCUGAUAUAUCACUCUAAGAAACGCAGAGAGGCUCGCCAUAACCUUCGGGACGGCGACAAAAGAACAUCUCAAACACACAACCUCGCCCUUUGGCUCUUAACCCAGAAGGAGCAGAAGGACUUUUCUUCAGCGAGUGAGUUGUGAAAAUAAAUCCACAACUUUUGGAGACCCAAGAACACUAUCCAAUCUCUCACUGGUGUGUUUUGCAAGCAUCACUGCCUGGAGACUUCUACAAGGGGGCAAUUGAACUGUCUCUGUCCCCCUGCCUGCCGUGUACCUUCUGGCCUGAGGCCUCAUUCAGCCCCAUCUGGGGAGCUGGGAGGCUCCCAGGUCUCACUGAAUUAUUGGCUCUCAUCCCUUGGCCCACACGCCUGGAGGAAUGGGCCACAUGCAGAAGACAGGAGCCCCACUGCUCCGAUGGCUACAGCUCAAGCUCUUUCUGCUCUCAGUGCUGGCUGGUCUUUCACAUUUGUCUUUAGGUAUUAGCCAAGUGACCAAGUCAGUGAAAGAGAUGGCAGCACUAUCCUGUGAUUAUAACAUUUCUGUUAGUGAACUGGUGAAUAUGAGGAUUUACUGGCAAAAGGACCAACAGAUGGUACUGAGCAUCAUCUCUGAGCAAGUAACAGUGUGGCCUGAGUACAAGAACCGGACCUUCCCUGACAUCAUCAACAACCUGUCCCUCAUGAUCCUAGCACUACGCCUGUCGGACAAGGGCACCUACACCUGUGUUGUUCAGAAGAGUGAGAAUGGGGUUUUUGAAGUGGUACACCUGACUUCAGUGACGCUACUGAUCAGAGGUAGGUGACAAUUUGUGAUUUAACCUAGACUGACAGAUUUUUUUUUCAGGCUUGACUA